GUCGCAGCAGCAGCAAGCAUGGACAUUACCAUCCAGCACCCCUGGUUCAAGCGUGCUCUGGGACCCCUCAUUCCAAGCCGUUUGUUCGACCAGUUUUUCGGAGAGGGUCUCUUCGAGUAUGAUCUCCUGCCUUUGUUCUCUUCCACUAUCAGCCCCUACUACAGGCAGUCCCUCUUCCGCAGCGUGCUGGAGUCGGGCAUUUCAGAGGUGAGGUCUGACCGGGACAAGUUUACAAUCAUGCUGGAUGUAAAACACUUCUCUCCCGAAGACCUGAGUGUGAAGAUUAUCGAUGACUUUGUGGAAAUCCAUGGCAAGCACAGUGAAAGACAGGACGACCACGGCUACAUCUCCCGCGAGUUUCACCGCCGGUACCGCCUGCCCGCCAACGUGGACCAGGCUGCCAUCACCUGCUCCCUGUCCAACGACGGCAUGCUGACCUUCUCGGGCCCCAAGGUCCCCGCCAACAUGGACGCCAGCCACAGCGAGAGGCCCAUCCCUGUGUCCCGGGAGGAGAAGCCCACCUCCGCUCCUUCCUCCUAA